CGUGCACACUCUGCGUGAGCGCGCAUCACUUCCUGUGCAUGCAGCGCUUUCAACUCCGACAGGACAAGCGAGAGUCGACGAACUCGUACGAAAACACAGGAGUAACGGAAUAUCUGACCGAAUACUCCACCAAACUGUCCCGGGCUGGUCAGACACUUGACUCCUGUCAUUGGACCAGCUGGCAUUGGACGAGGUGUCGGACCCUCCCCCUGCAUGGCAGCAAAAUGACACAAUAGCUGGGGGUGUUCAAUAUCAUCCCUCCCCCCCUCUCUUUGUUUCCCCCUCCUACAUAUUCAAGAUACUCAGAUACAUAUUGACUAUCUUACACCAACACGUUAUAAAACAAUACCCUGGGAUACCUCUGUGGCCCCACACUUUGUAGGGGCCAUGAGACUUUUCCAGGACUGCUGCUGCUAAGGACUAUCUGGGAACAAAACAAUCCGUUUCCUUCCAGCGACUGGACACAUCCUCCCAGUUCCAACGUCUAGAGCUAGACGGAAGCUCGGUUGAUCAUUAAGUCAUGAAAACACCAGAGGACCAUUGGGAGUUUCCAUUCAGAGUUGAAUAUUAACAGGCUGAAAGACUGCAAAGUUAAAUCAAACUGCAGCACAUAUCUGAAAAUAUCUUUUAGAAAAACGAUACCUCUCCUUAGCAGAUUCAUCCACAUCUGAAGUGCCUUGUGCUUCAUCAAACUUGUUUACAUCUAUUCCACAUAUCUAAUCCGUUCGCCAAUCCUUGAAAAUAGACCUAUUGUUUACAUCUCUACGCCUUACAGCUUUUCAAACCAUAUCUUUUCCAUUGGUGUCUUCUGUUUGGGUGCAUAAGAGUCGCUGUCUCGUAUAUCAGAGAUACAAGGAAUGAGAUCACCAAUAGAGUUCAGUUCCUCAAAUUCAUCCAAACUUAAAUCACUCUCAUUUGACUCUCAGUGGUGCACUACUAGCUUGAGUGUCAUCAUGUUCACGCUGCAAACCAAAUGGCGUUACUUGAUCAUGUUUUUAGGCGUCCAGUUAGUGGUCAUGGCUCUUCUGUCAAGAGAAGGCUAUCAGAAAAGAGUGUCGUAUUUUUUCCGGAUAUUCCGAAAGCCGGAUUCUUCGGCAGGAAGCAUGAUUGGGGGACGCAACCAUACAGAUGUCUACGCCAACCUUUCCCGGUUAGGCCCUCCUAUUAAUAGAGAUGACAUGCCCUACUGCCCCAAGCAAUCUCCACACCUAGUUGGACCAAUUCAUGUCACUUUCCCUUCCGGGCUCACACUUGCCGAUGUGGAGAGGAAGAACCCACUUGUUGUCCGUGGAGGUCGCUAUAGGCCGCCCAACUGUGAGGCUCGCCACCGCACCGCAAUAAUCAUUCCUCACAGAAGCCGGGAGCACCAUCUCAAGUUCCUCCUCUACUAUCUGCACCCCUUCCUACAGCGCCAGCAGCUCAACUAUGGCAUCUAUAUCAUUCACCAGGCUGGUAAUUACACCUUUAACCGAGCGAAGCUGAUGAACGUGGGCUUUCGUGAGGCCAUGAGGGAUGAGGACUGGGACUGUCUCUUCUUUCAUGACGUGGACCUCAUUCCAGAGGACGACCGCAACACCUACAUCUGCGACGCUCACCCUAAACACGCUGCCAUCGCCAUGGACAAAUUUGGCUACAAGUUGCCUUAUAAGAUGUAUUUUGGUGGAGUGUCGGCUCUGAGUCCUGAUCAAUACCUCAAGAUGAACGGCUUCCCGAAUAAUUACUGGGGCUGGGGUGGAGAAGAUGACGACAUUGGCGUCCGGGUUUCGCUUGGAGGAAUGGUGAUCAGCCGACCAUCCAUCAACGUGGGUCGAUAUAAGAUGAUCAAACACAAGCACGACAAAGGCAAUGAAGUGAAUCCCAAAAGGUUUAACAUGUUGGCCAAGACCCGUCAUACGUGGAAAGAAGACGGCAUGAAUACAGUGGAGUAUGAGAUCAUAUCCCGGGAUUACCAACCCCUCUACGCCAACAUCACAGUCAACAUCGGCACAGAGGCAGGCCUGCACCCGACCAAAAAUAAACCAGCUUCCUAACCAUCUCCCAGAAUUCAUGCCCAUCCCCUAAUGCUGACCACUCUCCCACAAUGCACAUGGCCAGUGAAUCCACAGGACGCCUUUACCGCACCACAGACCUUCAGUUUCCUCUGGUGCCAUCUAGUGGUCUCACGAUUCUUGUUUCUUUCUCUUCCUCCAAAGUUUCAUCCUGUGCUCACUGGUUCACUUUAUUAGUCAGGACGCUGCAGAAACUGGGGAUCGCUCUGCAGGGAGAGGAUGCGUUUUCCUGACGGACAAACUCCUCGUGCGUCCUCCGUGCCCCAUCGGCACCAUUUAUAAACCUCCGUUGCCUUAGAAUCAAGCUGCACUCGCUCCUUACAUUUCUUUCAUGACUAUUGAAGCGUCAUGGUUGAUGUUUCUGGCCGACUUUUAGGAGAGAACCAUGUUAGUUUUUCUGCCACACGAAUGAAAUAGUGAAGCAGGCCGAUGUGCUGCAUACGCAAACAUUGUUUGCUGCACUACUCUGUGAGUCAGUUGCAUUUUCUGUGCGGUAAAUUAGUGCUUUUGAUUACGUACUGUAUUGUUUUCCUGAUGGGUGAAGUAAUGGAUAUAUAUUCCAUUUUUGAGCAAAUCCGUCAGAAUUGGCCUCUUUGGUAGUAAUAACCACUCUACUUGUACUGAGUUUCUCAUCACUUUUUUUUUUUUUCAUUCCCGAAUUGCCUUUUGGUUGGCUGAGUAAUAAUAUUAGCUUUUAUAAUCAA